AUGUGGUGUUCCUACCUGCAGUACUACCUGGAAGCGUACAAGACCAGGUGUGGCUGGUACAGCUGGGGCAGGUGUUGGAGCUACAGGUACAAGACGGAGUUGCGCUACAAGGACUGCACCCACGGACAGUGGUCAUCCUGGUCAGCCACCAGCGAGACGCAGUGCUCGGUGUCAUGCGGAGGGGGAGAGAAGGAGAUCACUAUGGACCGCACCUGCACCGCCCCAGCCCCCAGUAAUGGGGGACGCAAGUGUUCAGGGGAAUGCCGUAAAGUAGACGUCGCCGACUGUAACGAACAGCCUUGUCCAAUUGACGGGGGAUGGUCGGACUGGGGGGCGUGGAAGGGCGGAGACUGCUCAGCCAUGUGUGGGGGAAGGACCAUGAACCAGCACCGGAAGAGGACCUGCACCAACCCAGUUCCUCAGUUUGGUGGCGCCGGCUGCACUGGUGACGACAGGGAGAACGGAACGGCUGAUUGUAACACCGACGCAUGCGGCGAUCGCUGUCCCCCUGGUGUGGUCAAGUUCCACCCUCACGUUACUGACAGUACUCGGUACUACCAAUGCGACAACGGAGUCGCCGUCCGCAGGCCAUGCGCGCCUGGCACCAUAUUCGACGCCAGCAUCAACAGCUGCAGCUUCACCGCUACUCCACCUUCCAUCCCUCCCGUCACCAGCUGUGACCCCUCCCUGGGGAUGUUUCAGCGCCACCCCCGUGACUGCUCCAGCUUCGUGAUCUGCGUGGACGGUGGUCGCGUGUACCAGCAGGAGUGUCCAGCCGACAUGAAAUGGAACAACGAUAUCCAAACCUGCGACUACGCUCACAACGUCGACUGCUAGGGCGAUCUCCAUACGACAGCAUGCACCUACGACUCUACUUCAAGCCACAUUUCUUCGAUAAGCUUUCCUGAAAAUCCUAAUCGAUCUUGAAAAGUAUAUCUUCAUAAAUAUCAGCUUCAAAAUAUAUAAAUUAAUUCUUGAUUGUGACGCUUCUAUAUCAAUAAAAUUACAAGAAAU